AUGUCCGACCUUUCCAUAACAAUUGCUUUGAAAAUUUUUGGCUUUCUUGAAGUUGUCUCUUCUCGGUGCAUCACCGGAUAUUUUGCGUUUCUUGUUGACAACUUUCAAACUGGUUUCAGCAAAGAAUACCUUCAAGGCAACCCCCUUUGGCUGCAGUAUGUUAAGACUCCAUUGAUGACUUUAGGCUACGAGAGUAGCUAUGAUGUUUUUGUCAAGGCACACGGUGGUGGUCUUUCAGGGCAGGCUCAAGCAAUUUCCCUUGGCAUUGCUCGAGCUUUGCUAAAGGUGAGUGAGAGCCAUAGAUCACCGCUAAGGGAGGAAGGUCUCUUGACCAGGGACUCGAGAGUAGUCGAGAGGAAGAAGGUUGGGCUUAAGAAAGCUAGAAAGCGCCCUCAAUUCUCGAAACGUUGA